AUGCCUGGGUUAAGCAGAGAAAUGGUCGAAAUGAAGUUACCUAUUAAGGAAGGAAAAAGACCAGUAAAACAACUACCGAGAAGAUUCGCACCAGAAAUCAUGUCCAAGAUCAAGGAAGAGAUCGAAAGGCUGCUGAGGUGUAAAUUCAUCAGGGCUGCCAGGAGAUUUCCUAGGUUUGUGGUGCAUAAAAAAGGCAUUGAGAUAAAUCAAAAUAAGACAAAGGCUAUUCUUGAGACGAAGCCUCCUUCGACCAAAAAACAGCUUCAGUCUUUGCUAGGAAAAAUCAACUUCUUGAGGCGAUUCAUUUCGAAUCUAAGUGGCAAAGCUCAAAUUUUUUCGCCAUUACUUCGACUCAAGAAAGAUGAACCAUUCAAAUGGAAUGAAGAGCAUCAAAAGGCUUUCGAUGAAAUUAAAGAAUAUCUGAUCAAGCCUCCCGUGUUAAUGCCUCCUAGUCGAAACAAGUCCAUGAAGUUGUAUAUUGCUGCGUCUGACAAGACCAUUGGUAGCAUGUUGGCUCAGGAAGAUGAUGAUAGCAUAGAACAUGCAAUUUAUUAUCUUAGUCGUGUACUAAAUGAUGCAGAAACUAGAUAUACUGCCAUAGAAAAACUUUGUCUUUGUCUGUAUUUCUCUUGUGCAAAACUUAAGCAAUAUAUAAAGCCUGUUGAUGUUUAUGUGUAUUCUCAUUAUGAUGUUAUUAAGCACAUGUUGUCAAAACCGAUUUUACACAGUAGAAUUGGAAAAUGGGCUUUAGCAUUAACAGAAUAUUCUUUAACGUACAAGCCUUUGAAAUCUGUUAAGGGUCAAAUUGUGGCAGAUUUUAUUGUAGAUCACUCAGUGGUCGAAAUGUCGCAAGACUAUGUCGAUACAGAGCCAUGGAUUUUGUAUUUCGAUGGUUCGAAACACAAACAUGGAACUGGAAUUGGAGUUUUAAUAAUAUCCCCCAAUAAAAUUCCAACUAAAUUCAAGUAUAAAAUCAAAGGGCUUUGUUCUAAUAAUGAGGCUGAGUAUGAAGCUCUAAUUACAGGCCUUGAAAUUUUAAUUAGCCUGGGGGCAAGAAAUGUUAAUAUAAGAGGUGAUUCAGAAUUAGUGUUGAGGCAAUUAACACAAGAAUACAAAUGUGUUAAUGAACACUUAGCAAAAUAUUUUGUUAUAGCAAGUUCUCUUCUGAAUCAUUUCGAUUAUAUUAACAUUGAGCAUGUACCUCGACAAGAAAACCGAGAAGCAAAUGAUUUAGCCCAAAUAGCUUCAGGGUACAAAAUGUCGAAGGAAAAGUUAACUCAGUUGAUCGAAAUAAAAGAUAAACUGGUGUUACCAGAGCCAUUAAGCACUAAAUUGCCAAUGCCAAAACUUGUGGGGGCAAGUAUACCACAAAAUAAUGAAGAUGAAAGUAUGAAUGAUCUUCAGGAAAAAAUUCAAAUUUUGGCCAUUGACAAUAUGUUAGAUAAUGAUUGGAGAAAGUCCAUUAUUGAAUAUUUGGAAAAUCCAAUAGGCAAUGUGGCUCGAAAGAUUAAAUAUAGGGCCUUAAAUUACGUGAUUAUGGGAAAUGAUUUGUUUAAAAAGACUGCAGAAGGAGUGUUGUUAAAAUGUCUAAAUGAAUCAGAAGCAUACUUAGCAGUUUCCCAUGUUCACAGUGGGGCUUGUGGAUCACAUCAAGCAGGCCAUAAAAUGAAAUGGCUUUUAUUUCGACAAGGUUUGUAUUGGCCUUCGAUGUUAAAAGACUGCAUAGAAUUUGCUAAAGGCUGUCAGGAAUGCCAAAAGCAUGCAGGGAUACAGCAUGUACCUGCUAGUGAGUUACAUUCCAUAAUCAAACCUUGGCCUUUCAGAGGAUGGGCUUUGGACCUAAUUGGUGAAAUCAAGCCUGCCUCUUCGAAGAACCAGCGUUAUAUUAUAGUUGGUAUCGAUUACUUUACAAAAUGGAUCGAAGCAGUCCCUUUGCCAAAUGUUGAUCAGGAAGCAGUAAUUAGUUUCAUUCAAAAUUAUAUUAUUUAUAGGUUUGGUAUUCCCGAAACAAUUACCACUGAUCAAGGUUCAGUUUUUACUGGACGAAAAAUGAAAGAAUUUGCCCAAAAAACUGGCUUUCGAUUAUUAACCUCGACACCAUAUUAUGCGCAAGCAAAUGGUCAGGUCGAAGCAGCCAAUAAGAUUGUAAUCAACUUGAUUAAAAAACACAUUGCCCAAAAGCCAAGAAAUUGGAAUAAAACGUUAGAUCAAGUUCUAUGGGCAUGUAGAAAUUCUCCUAAGGAAUCAACUAAUACUACCCCAUUUCGACUGACUUAUGGGCACGAUGCUAUACUUCCGGUCGAAAUACAUUUGCAAUCAGCUAGAGUACAAAAACAAAUGGACAUUCCGAUCGACCAUUAUUGGAAAAUGAUGUCAGAUGAGUUAGUUGAUUUAGACGAGGAGAGAUUAAGAGCAUUAGAAGUCUUGACUAAACAAAAAGAAAGAGUUGCUAAAGCUUAUAAUAAGAAAGUGAAGUCGAAAACUUUUAAUGUUGGAGAUUUAGUUUGGAAGGUUAUCCUGCCCAUGGAUAGUAAGGAUCGAGCUUUGGGCAAAUGGUCCCCAAAUUGGGAAGGACCGUUUAAAAUAAUUCAGAUCUAUUCGAAUGGUGCUUAUGAAUUAGAGGAAUUAACCCCUCAGAAACGUACUUUGAGUAUAAAUGGUAAAUAUUUGAAAAAAUAUAAACCAACAUUGCUCGAAGUUAAAAUAAGCAUAGAAUAG